AUGGUGGAAUACCUGAAUUUAGCUGAUAAGAGAAUUAUUCCACACCGAAAAAGAAUCCUGAUUAUUGGUUCCACUGGGCAAGUUGGCUCCAUGUUUUUUCACACUAUUACGAAAAACUAUCCAGAGUUUAUUGUUAUUGGAACCACACAUAAUUUGAAAAAGCCUCAACGACUUUCAUUUGAUUUGGAAUCAGAUGCAAUGGACCCAUUGAAAAUGAAAUUGCUACUUGAUGCUUGUUCCCCUCAUGUAAUCAUUAUUGCUGCUGCCUUUACAAAUGCCAAUCUUUGUGAAUCACAAACAGAGAAGAAAACACAAGGAGGCAAGGCUGAGAAGUACCUCUGGUCACCAUGGGACGACAAGAUAACAAAUACAGUCAAUUGUGAGGCAGUAGCACACAUUGGAAAACUUGGAAAAGAACGUAAUAUAAAAAUUGUAAAUUUCUCCUCUGACUAUGUGUUCAAUUCUCCAAAUCCAGAAAAUUUUCCAAAUUACAUAAACACAACUGAAAAGGAUAUUGGACUUAGAGAAGAUUCAUCCACAAAUCCUCCCAACUACUAUGGAUUAAGCAAAGUUAAGUCUGAGAAAGCGCUUCUCUGUGAGGUUCCUACAUCUCUCAUCAUUCGGACUUCAAGAAUAUUUGGACCUGAAGAAGUGAAGAAAAACUUUGUCAAUCAGGUUGUACGGAAUCUAUCAACUGGUAAAGAGAUGUCUCUGUUAUCUGAUGAGCUUUCUUGUCCAACAUAUAACAAAGAUCUUUGUGAGGCAGUGAUGUUACUUAUAAAGAAAGAUUGUUCUGGAAUCUACCACAUUGUUGGUCCUGAAGUUAUGAGCAAAUACCAAUGGGGUUUAAAAAUUGCUGAGUACUUCAAAUUAGAUUCUAAAUGGUUGAUUCCUAAAAGUUCUGAUGAGUUAAAAUUACCUGCACCAAGAGGGAAAUUUACUGCUCUUUCUACCCACAAAUUCAGAACUGAAUUUCCUGAUUUUAAGUUUAAAACUUUGGAAGAAGCUCUUAAUGAAUGGAAAAAGUCAAAAGACCAGUUUCCUGUGGCAGACUGUUAA